UUGUUCUGGGAUACGAUUGUAAUUGAUAUUUUCAGGGGCGACUGCACAGGACCCUCAGUUCGGUACGUGUCGUGCAACUUGGAUCCAUGUCCUGAUGGAACGGAUUUCCGUGCUGAACAAUGCGCUGCUCAUAACGACGAUCCAAUCGACGGACAGUACCAUAAGUGGUUACCGUACAAGGGCAAAAACAAGUGCGAGCUUCUGUGUAAACCCGAGAAUGGCAACUUUUACUAUAAAUGGGAUGACACCGUCGUUGAUGGAACCAAGUGCGAUUCCAAAGGCGAAGACAUCUGCGUCGAUGGCGUCUGUUUGCCACUUGGAUGUGAUGGGAAACUCGGAUCAGCACUGAAGUUGGAUAAGUGUGGUGUGUGCGAUGGCGACGGCUCGAAAUGCAAAACGAUCGAAGGCUCUUUCGAUGAACGAAAUCUUUCACCUGGAUAUCACGAUGUUAUGCGAAUUCCUGUGGGAGCCACGGCCAUCAAAAUCGAGGAGGCUCGUCCAAGUUCAAACAACCUAGCCAUGAAGACUCGAAAAGAUCAGUACUUUUUGAAUGGGAACUCAAUGAUCCAGGUGGAAAAGGAUGUCGAGCUGAACGGCGUCUACUUCGAAUAUGAUGACGGAAAACCGGAGAGGAUUACCGCAAAGGGACCACUGCAGGAGGAAGUCGUCGUGUCUGUGUUGAUCCGCAAAGGAAACAGGGACGUGUCAGUCAAGUACGAGUUUUCCAUCCCUGUUGUUGAUGAGGUCGACUACAUAUAUAAGCCUGGAGAAUGGUCAGCAUGUUCGGUCACUUGUGGAAAAGGACAACAAACAAGGACACCGUAUUGCAUUGAAACAAAGACACAAGCUCGAGUUGAUGACCAACUUUGCGAUGAUGCCAACUCAACGAAACCAGAGUACGAAAAGGAAUGCGAAACCGUGGACUGCGAAGCCGAAUGGUUCGAAGGAGAAUGGGAACCAUGUUCCCAAACUUGCGGCGACAAGGGCGUGCAGUAUCGCGUAGUGUAUUGCCAUCAGGUCUUUGCCAAUGGUCGACGUAUCACCGUCGAAGACGGCAACUGUACUGAAGAGCGGCCUGCUGUGCAGCAAGAGUGCAACAGAUUCGCCUGUCCUGAAUGGCAAGCAGGACCAUGGUCAGCUUGCUCUGAGAAAUGCGGUGAUGCAUUCCAAUACCGCUCGGUGACGUGUCGAUCAGAAAAGGAAGGCGAAGAGGGCAAACUACUCCCGGCUGACGCAUGCGGUUCGGAGAACAUUUUGGAAUCUGAACGACCCUGCAAUCUUGGACCGUGUACCGGCCUCAAAUUCUUCACAUCAGACUGGAAACUGUGCUCGAAAUGCAAUGAUACCGAAGAGACCCGUGAGGUGACUUGCAAAGACACUCAAGGACGAGCUUAUCCUCUAGAGAAAUGUUUGACAGAUGAUGAGAAAGAGAUUCCUCCAGAUACCAGAGCAUGUGCCACGCAACAGCCGUGCAAUUACGAGUGGACGGCCAGCCAGUGGUCAAAGUGCUCUACCGAGUGCGGUCAUGGCCACAAAACCAGACGGGUAAUUUGUGCUAUCCACGAGGAAGGCGACGUUACGGUGGUCGACGAAGCACUGUGUCAAGGUGAAAAGCCUGAAGGAAAGACCAACUGCACUAAUGAGGAGAAGUGUACCGGUACAUGGUACAGUAGCCCGUGGUCACCAUGCAGUGCAGAGUGUGGAGGAGGAACUCAAGAACGUGUAGCGGUGUGCCUCAACUAUGAUAAGAAGCCGGUUCCGGAAUGGUGUGACGAAGCCGAAAUGCCUACUAUUACCCAGGACUGCAACACCGAUGAAUGUCCAUCUUGCUUCGACUCCGAGUUUGGAUGCUGUCCUGACAACACCACCUUUGCCACUGGAGAUUUCAAUCAGGUUCGGUCAAAAUACGUUUUACACAAGGAUGUUCAAACUGCAGUAUUCAGCGAAUUUGGUUGCUGUGCCGAUAACUAUACGGAAGCUACGGGCAAGGGCGGAAAGGGAUGCGAAGAAUUUGUUGAAUCGCCCUUGAACCUUGAAGAAGCCAGCGAAGGAUCCGGUGAAGAGAAAAACGGCGAAUGUCAGGUUAAGAGUGAGAACGGCGAUAUGGCAACGGUGGACUGCUCUGUGGCAAAUGCCACGACAACUGACCUUGACGGCCUUUUCGGAUCGUGUAACGAAACGGAAUACGGUUGCUGUCACGAUGAUGUCACCUUGGCGCGUGGACCAAAUCUUGAAGGAUGUGGUGAGCCAACGUGCGCUGGAUCUCUGUACGGAUGUUGUAAGGAUCGCAAGACCAUCGCAUUUGGACCACACUACGCUGGAUGUGAAAGGUCUGUCAGUCGCAUUAUACGGAAGCUGUCUGAAAUCUUGAUCUGCGCAGACCCGGUGAAACGGCCAGCACUUGAGCAAACUGGUACCGGAUGCGGAGAGAAUUGCCUUGACGACGAAGUAUGCUGCUGUCCUGAUGGUAAAAGCACGGCAAAAGGACAUCAUAAUGAAGGAUGUGGAUGCGUAUAUGCGCAAUAUGGAUUGUGUAGCGUAUAUACGGCAGAAGGACGUUGCUCACAGUUUUGGUAUGGAGGAUGUGACGGUAACGACAAUCGCUUUGCCACUAAAGAGCAGUGUGAGACGAUCUGUGUAGAACCGCCCGAAUCACUUUCUGUAAGGACGUUGGACCAUUCGCAGUGCCAACGACGGCAGCUCCUCCACCUCCUCAACCGCCACAGAUGCCACACGGUGAAUCCACCGAGGCUGACCAUGAGGUUGUCGCCCAUCCCAUUCCCGACGACAACCAACGGACAACGAUACGAUGAGCGACCACGACCACCUAUGCCAACGAUCGAAGAGGUGUGCCGGUCUACGCAAGACUCUGGUCCAUGCCAGGACUACUCCGAUCAGUUCUACUAUGACGCCUACAAAGGAACCUGCCAGACGUUCAUCUAUGGCGGUUGUGGAGGGAACCUCAAUCGUUUCCGGACUGAAGAAGAAUGUAUGCAACGCUGUGGUUUCCUUAAUCCUACGGCCGCUCCUGCUCAUGAAGGACAUCACCCAGGACAUGAAGAUCCCCGUGUACGACCACCACCACCGGUCGUUCCACAGCAGCCACCUUACGGUGGUCAACCUCACGCAGUGAAAUCACGACAAUCGUGCCAUUUGCCGCUUGACGUCGGCUAA